AUGGAGACUGCCGAACCCGUUGCCUACGAGUUCCCUGGUCACGGUGUGGGCUCAUUCCCGCACCGUCGCGCCAUGGACUCGCCUCUAUAUUCUUACUAUUCCCACCCAACUUCGACUCCGUACACGCUGCCUUACCAACCAACUCCCACGACAGCUGCCUACAGCUUUAGCUCGGGGGUAUUGAGUCAACCAUCGCAUCCGUACCAGUAUUUCAUGGCCAACCAACCAUCACUGGGCUCGCCGGUGCGCCUGUCGUCGGAUAAUCACCAGCCUCAACACCAUCACCAUCAAGCCCACCAUCAGCAGCAGCAACAUCAGUCUCAGCAGCAUCAUUCACAGCACCAGCAGCAUCAACACCAACCACCACCACUGCAAUCACUCCCCGAAAUCCGCCCCGCAAAGAACGCCAUCAACCCAGUGACCACCCGAAUCAACGACUACAGCCCAGCAAGCACUCAAGUCCCAUCAACAGGAACAGACCCGUCCAAGAAGUCCGGCGCAGAAGCCGAAUUCUCCACCGAAGUCGACGUCCUGAUGAAAGCCAUCCAGGCCAAGCCCGGAUCCUCGACUUCGCCAGUCCCCAUGCAGCAGUCGCUGCCACCACUGCAGCAACUAGCACCACCGGGAUAUCCAAGCUACGCUGGGUAUCCGAUGUCGCCGCCACGCAGCCUGCUCACUAAUGAGGGACAGUUGUCCCGGUCUGGCAAGAAGCGCAAGUAUACUUGCAUGUUGCCGAACUGUGGGAAGAGCUUUGCGCAGAAGACGCAUUUGGAUAUUCAUAAUCGGGCGCAUUCGGGGGAGAAGCCUUUUAUCUGCAAGGAGCCUUCAUGCGGGCAGCGGUUCUCCCAGUUAGGAAACCUCAAGACCCAUCAAAGACGACACACGGGCGAAAAGCCAUUCAAAUGCGACAUCUGCCACAAGCGCUUCGCACAGCGGGGUAACGUCCGCGCCCACCAAAUCACCCACCUCCAAGCAAAACCAUUUACCUGUCUCCUCGAUUCCUGCGGAAAGAAGUUUACUCAACUGGGUAACCUCAAGUCCCACCAAAACAAAUUCCACUCCACAACCCUCCGAAAUCUAACCCUCCGCUUCGCCCAAAUGGGCGACGCAGGCCCCAUGAACCCCGCAGACCGCGAACUAUGGGAGUACUUUGCCGAGCUAUACAAGAACAGCAACAAGGGUAUCAAGGGCCGGGGUAAAGAUCGGCGGAUCUCGACGACGAGUGCCCACAACCACGGUCACAGUCACGGUCACGGCCAUGGCCACACCCGCGGUGUUGCGGGGAGAAUGUCCUCUAUGGAGUCUGAGGAGGAUAGACGGGGGUAUGAAGAUGGGAUGGGGAUGUAUGCGAGUGCGAGCGCGAGCCCGAAUGGGGGGUCGAGUAGCGAGGGGGAAGAAGGGGGGUAUUACAUUGAGAGGAGGGGUCUUUGA